AUACAGUACGUGACCGAUCUGUUGUGCUAACCGUUCUAAACCCUGCUGAACGUUUUUCCACUAGUAAAUAAACAGCUGUAAAUUGCGAAAGAAUUUAAUAGUUUAAUGACAAAUAAUGAUCAUCUAAGCUAAUCUUUCAGGAGACUAAAAUAAUAGAUCUACUUAAUCGAUUCUCUAAUCAAAAAAGGAUGCUAAGACCAACAUUUCAAGAGUUUCUCACUUCAAUGAAGACAUGCUCAGAUUCAUCAAGCGAUUCGUCUGCAGAAGAGGACAUAGAAUUAAACGAUGCAAAAUCACUAUCUAAACAUAAAACAGAAAAAAUCCCCGACCUUCGAUACUACGAAUUACGCUGCCUUGAACAUUCGACAAAAGAAUUGUUAACGAAAUAUGAUCGAAUCCUAAAGAAAGAUAAAAGAUACCAGCAUCCUGAUGUGCCUUUCAAACAGAAGAAGCGACAAAGUAGCCUUCACACGACUCAGGAAUCCGAUUUUGGGAGAACAAUAAGAGCAGUCAUAUCACCGUCUGAUCGGAAAAAUUGGUCACAAAUUCCUCAUUUGAUUCACCAGGUCCAACUAGGUAGACUAAACUUAAACCGAAAUCAUAUGACUCAUAUGCGACAUUUGCGAUUACCGUGCUAUAUGGAUAUUAUUUCGGAUGUUGGAUCGAAAGUAUUUUGUGGAAUUUGUUCAGCAGAUGGCGAAACUCUUUUAACUGCCAGUCAGGAUCGAAAGAUUCGGCUUUACAAAGUUAGGCGAGGGAACUUUGAUUAUUAUGAUACUAUAACGGCUAAGGAUGUUGGUUGGAGCAUUGUUGAUGUUGAUUUUGCGGGUGACGGAUCAAGGGUUAUAUAUUCCAGUUGGUCAGCCUAUAUUCAUAUGGUUGAUUUAGAUAAUGGUAGUCAUGUAGCCAUGCCAGUCAAUUCUGAAAAUUAUUAUAGUCACUUUUGCAUAUUUUCUUUGAAAUUUUCAAAGUCUAAUUCUCAAAUCCUAUGCGGGUGUAAUUCGGGUUAUGUCUACGCUUAUGAUAUUGAAGCCCAGAAGAGAUAUUUAGCUCUUCAAUCUCAUAGCGAUGAUGUAAAUGCGGUAAUGUUUGCCGAUGAAAGCUGUCAUAUAUUAUACACAGGAGGCGACGAUGGCCUAGUUAAAGUCUGGGACAGACGAACCUUGAAAGAAAGUAAUCCAGCUCCUGUUGGCCUUUUCGCAGGUCAUCACGAUGGAAUUACUUAUAUUGAUUCAAAGGGUGAUGCGCGCUAUCUAAUUUCUAAUUCUAAAGAUCAAACAAUUAAACUUUGGGACAUUCGAAAAUUUUCUCCAAGUUCUUCGAUAGAAGAAACAGCAGCGUGCCUAAAUCAGAAUAAUUGGGAUUACAGGUGGCAAGCUGUUCCUCGACCAUUGAAGAGAGGAUUAACAGCACUAAAGGGAGACAAGUGCGUUAUGACUUAUAGAGGACAUCAAGUGCUAAAUACUUUAAUGAGAUGCCGUUUUUCGCCAAGUUAUUCAACUGGACAGAGAUAUAUCUAUACUGGUUCCGCGGAUGGAUCUCUAUGCAUAUAUGACGUACUAACUGGAGAGAUUCUACGUUACCUACGUGGUCACAAAGACGUCGUUCGGGAUGCUUUUUGGCAUCCAUCGCUUAAUCGAAUAAUAACAUCAUCGUGGGAUAAUACCGUUGGCGAUUGGAGUUAUAAAGACUUUGCAGAAUUCGACGUAAAACGGCUUAAAACUCAGGAUAAAAACGAAGAUAAAGCAAUAGGUUAUAUCUUAAAAUCAACAACCGAACCUAAAAACAGACCAAUAUUGGUUUAUUAA